AUGGAGAAGAACGUCGACAAGGACCCUGAUCAUGAUCAUGAUGACAAAUCCAAGGGGGAGGAGAAAGCCGUCGACGCUGUUUCGGAUGCUCAUCUCCCUGCAGAUGAUGUUGCGCAUCAGGAUGGUAACAGUACUAAAGAGAAUGUCGACGUUGGUAAUGCCGAGACAGAUCACGAUCCAGGCGACAAUGUCGUCGACGACAAGGUUCCACAAGAAGAAGAAGCACCAGAGCCAGAGAUUCGCCAUACCCUCGAGUCCUUCUCCGAAGAACUGGAUCAGCUUCUUUCGAGUCUCUCCCUUCACAAGGAGGAGCACAAAGACGACAAAGAGGAGAAGACAGAGGAAGACUACUUUCAGAUCCCACAGUUUGUUGGCAAGUUCUUGGAUCUCUUAGAGGAAAAGCUCUCCAAGUACGAUUCUGGUGAGCCUAAGACCACAUGGUACCAAGAUCCAGAGGAGGUGUCUUCGCUUCUUGAGGCAGUGGAUCGUGUCUCAAAGCUUAUGGGUCUGUUGCUCAACACCAAAUCCUGUUUGGACCAUCAUGAGCCCUUAAUCAACCAUGCGGGAUCGAUCCAGCAGCGUGCAAUGGCAUUCUUGGAAGACGAAUUCCGCGCCCUUUUAGAAGAGUCCGUAAUCAAAGAGCCUCCGGUCGUCCCCGCCGACGACAGCAGUAGCCAGAGGAAGAGCACAGGGGAUCAGCAAGACCACCAGAACGACGCGGUGGUUUCACAAGAUCAGGACCAGACUGUGGUCGUUCCGGAAAGCGUUGAUCAGGAGAUCGAAUACCCCGGUUACUCGGAGGAGGUGGUUGCCUUGCUGAGGAAGAUAGCGGAGAAGAUGAAAGCAGGAGGGUACGGAUGGGAAUGCAGAGAAGUUUACUUGGUUGGGAGGAGGAACAUCUUGAUGAGAAGCUUGAAACAUGACUGUGAGUUUGAGAAAGUGAGCAUCGACGAGGUGCAGAAGAUGAGCUGGGACACGCUUGAGAGAGAGAUCCCUCUUUGGAACAAGACUUUCAAGGACUGCUCUUCCCUCUUCUUCCCCGGAGAGCUUAAACUCGCGGAGAAGAUCUUCCCUGGAGACGAGGGGAGCUUGUUCUGCAUUGUCACGCAUUGCCUGGCCAUCCAGUUCUUGGGUUUCGCUGAGGCCGUGGCCAUGACCAAACGCUCCACUGAGAAGCUCUUCAAGAUCCUAGACAUCUACGAGACACUCAGGGACAGUUUUCCAGCCAUGGAGGAGCUGUUCCCGGAGGAGCUACGCAGCGAGCUGAGGAACGAGGUGGCUAGCGCUCGUUCCCGGUUAGGAGAGUUUGCCAUUAACAUAUUCUCGGAUCUUGAGAAUUCAAUCAAAUCGGAUUCCAGCAAAACACCUGUUCCAGGUGGUGCAGUGCACCCCCUGACGAGGUACACCAUGAACUACCUCAAGUACUCUUGCGAAUACAAAGACACGUUGGAACAAGUGUUCAAGAGUCACUCCAAGAUGGAGCAAGAGGAGGACGACGAGCCGCCUGCCGCGAAAAGCGGCGACUCAGCCUUUGCAAGCCAGCUGAUGAGGAUCAUGGAGCUACUUGACGGAAACCUGGAGGCCAAGUCUAAGCAGUACAAAGACAUUCCGCUGAGCUGCAUCUUCAUGAUGAACAACGGAAGAUACAUAGUGCAGAAGAUCAAAGGAUCGGCGGAGAUACACGAGGUGAUGGGUGACACAUGGUGCAGGAGGAGAUCGUCGGAGCUAAGGAACUACCACAAAAACUACCAGAGAGAGACGUGGGGGAAGCUGCUUGGCUUCUUAGCGCAUGAUGGUCUCAUGCACAACGGCAAGAUAGUCAAGCCAAAUCUUAAGGAGAGGUUCAAGAGCUUCAACGCUACCUUCGACGAGAUACACAAGACGCAGACGACGUGGGUGGUUAACGAUGAGCAGCUGCAGAGUGAGCUUAGAGUCUCCAUAACAGCGGUUAUGAUACCUGCCUACAGGGCCUUCAUGGCCAGGUUCGGACAGUACUUGGAUCCUGGUCGUCAGACAGAGAAGUAUGUCAAGUACCAGCCUGAGGACAUUGAGGAUCUUAUCGACCAGCUCUUUGACGGCAACACUUCCUCCGCUUCCGCAGCCACCGCCAAGCGAAGAACGUAG